UGUGCCUCAAUCACCCCUGCAGGGAUCUCCUUUCAGAAUGCGGGGCUCCUUCCCCAGAUCCCUUUCCGAUUGCUCUCUAUGACAUCACUGGCGUUGAUGGAGCCUGCUCGACUCCCCCAGCACGUGAAAGGAGAAGUCGGGCUUCUGCCUGAUCACCAGCACAGGUCAGUAGGAUAACUUGCCCCUUUUUCAUCUCCUCUACAUAGCCAAAGAGAGCAAUCAUCCAAGAUGACCACCACGACGAGAUCCUCGGCCAAGGAGCGCGGCAACUCCACCAACGAGGGAGCCCCUCCUGCCUCAAAAGCCGGAGCUGGCUCCAAGCACAAGGUCGAGGAAGGAACCAAGUCCCCGGAACCAAAGCGGCCCAAGAAGUCGGAUGAGAAGGAACAGAAGACUAUUGAAGAAACAAUCGGCGGCAGCGAACAAACCAAGCAGGAGCAACAGGCAGAGCAGCAAGAGCAGCAGGAGGAAAUAGCCAAGGACAGUGAGAAAGAAGAUGUUGCCAAAGCCGAAAAGGAAACCGCGACUGGCGAUGCCGAGGAGCCUCGUGAAGAUGCCAAGGACAUUCCCUCCAGCAUUUUAGAAAAGGGCAUCAUCUAUUUCUUUUUCCGUGGACGGGUUGGUAUUGAUCGGCCUUCCGACGUCGAUGAGAUUGCCCGGAGCUACAUCAUCCUCAGACCGAUUGCCAAAGACGCCAAGCUUGGCAGCGGUCCCAUUGGUGAUGCAGGCAACAGCAGAGUAUGCGUUGUGCCCAAAAAGGUGCUCCCAAAGACGGGCAAAGACAGGUGGAUUUCUUUUGUUGAGAAGACUGGCGCCUCUUUCAGCGAGCUCAAGGACGAAUUUCUCAAGUCAAACGACUAUGAGACCAAGACUGCUGGGACAAGACACUCCCCGGCCGCUACACCUGUUGCGGAAGGCGUGUAUGCUAUUACCAGCACUGGGAAGGACAGUCACCUGGCAUACAUUUUGACUCUUCCCGACAAGCUCGGUGAGGUGCAAAAGGAGAUUGGCUUGAAGGAGAAGGGCAGUUUCAUCAUCAGCACAAGGAAUCCCCAGUAUGAGCCUCCCAAGAAUGCCAGGAUUCCUAAGGGACCAGAGUAUCCUAAGGAGCUUCUCGAAGAGUUUCGCUCUCUCCGGUGGGCUCCAACUCAACCCCGUCAUCUCGACUACGUGAACACGCAGUUCCUGCUCGUUGGCGAGUCUUCUGGCAUUGCCAAAGCCUUGGAACAACAGAAGAAAGACCAGAAGGAAGGAAAGAACGAGCCCGCCGAGGAGUUGGAGCAGUUGGAAGAAGAGGACGCGCAGCGGAUGCAGGAUCUUGACGACGACGACGCGGCUCGUAUUUUUGCGGAUUUGCAGGCCGAUGCGGGCCAUUACCCCAAGCUUCCCACCACUUUCUGAUGCAUGAGGGUUCAAAGCCCUGAAGAUUAGUAUUGCGUAAAAAACAUGGCUGGCAUCUAAUAAUUGGCGGGCAGGAGACCUUGUGACC